AUGAUCAUGUCGGCCACCCAGAUACUCGCCCACCCCGUUCUUAGUAUCGCGGGUGCCUGUGCCUUGUACGUUGCUUCGCUUGUGAUAUAUCGACUCUACUUUCAUCCAUUGGCAAGAUUCCCCGGCCCGAAAUACGCUGCGCUUAGCCGAUGGCACGAGUUCUACUACGAGGUCGUUCUGAAGGGUCAAUUUACUUUCAAGAUACAAGAGCUUCACAAGCAGUACGGCCCCAUUGUUCGCAUCGUCCCCGAUGAACUUCACAUCCAGGACUCCGAUUUCUACGAUAUCCUUUACACAAAAGCUGGCCGAGUCGACAAAUAUGACUGGAUGUCUGGCCGUUUCGGAUGCGACACAUCAGUCUUUACCACCGCACCCGACGACUUGCACAGGAUUCGUCGGGGGGCUCUCAAUCCUUUCUUCUCGCGGCAGCGUAUCGUGGAUCUCCAAGAUGUUAUUCGCAAACACACCAACACUUUGGUGGAUCGAAUUCAGGAGUUCCAAGCGAGUCAAAAGGUCCUUCCUUUGAAUCGAGCCUUUAUGUCACUGACGGGUGAGGUCGUCAUGGAGUACUGCUUCGGCAUCAGCUACGGCCAUCUACAGCAACCAAACUUCGAGCAUACCUUGCACGAGCCAUUUAUGGCAGCUAGCAUAUCUGGUCACCUGUCCCUACAGUAUCCCUGGGUGCCAAAGGCUCUGUUCGCACUACCAGAGUCCAUCCUGGUCAAGAUUGAACCGCUUUAUGCUCUUGUUUUCAAGAUGCAAGCAGAUUUUCGGAAACAAAUCGGUGCGAUGAAAUCUGGCCAAAUGGACGAAAGGCUCAAGCAGUCUACGCAUCCUACUGUGUUUCAGGAACUCAUUGCCGGUUCUCUGCCCGAGUCAGAGAAGGAAACUAGACGGUUGCAAGACGAGGCACAGCUGGUUGUUGCGGCUGGCGUCACCACAACGGGAUGGGCUUUAUCCGUCGCGGCCUACCACAUCACCAGCAAUUCAGCGGUCUUCCGAAAGCUACGAGCCGAGCUCGAAGAGGCGCUGCCCAAUUCCAGUGCACCAUUGAGCUGGACAGAGUUAGAAAAGCUGCCUUACCUCUCCGGCUGCGUCCGUGAGAGCGUCCGCAUGUCUUAUGCCGUCACUGCGCGUAAUCCAAGACUGUUCGCCAAACCGCUCGCCUACCAGGACUGGACAAUUCCACCGCGGACGCCGGUGAGCAUGACCAUUGUCGAUGUCUUCGAUGACGAGGAGAUCUUCCCCAACCCACGAACUUUCGAUCCAGAAAGAUGGAUCGGCAAUCCCAAGGCCAAGAAUGGACAGAGCCUCGAGAGGUAUUUCGUUGGGUUUGGCAAAGGCACUAGGAGUUGCUUGGGGAUCAAUCUUGCGCAUGCAGAGCUCUUCAUCGCUAUGGCUGCAGUCUUCCGCAAGUUUGAAUUCGAGCUGUACCAGACUGAACUCAGCGAUGUAGAGCUAGCCCACGACUUCUUCUUGCCUAGCCCGAGACUGGAUUCUAAGGGCGUCAGGGUCUUGGUGAAAGCUUGA